AAUGUCCCCGAUGAACAAACGAGCAGUCAAAAUCACAUAUUUCAUUAAAAAGUUAGGUUACCAACCAACUAUAACAGGUGAGGAAGUGAAGUGCUAAACAUUAAUUAAAAACUGAAUUAUCAUCAAAAAUGAGUUCCGGAUUCAUAUCGGAGACUGAAAUAUUGGAAGGGCGACGACGACGACAGGAAGAAUGGGAAAAAGUACGCACCGAAGACCAACCAAAAGAGGCCCCAGAAGAGCCGUAUGAUACACGGCCGCUGUACCAGCGUCUCGAGGAGCAGAGAAUGAAGAAAGAGGCUGAAUAUGAAGAGGCUCACAAAUUGAAAAACAUGAUUCGAGGCUUGGAUGACGACGAGGUCGGCUUCCUGGACCUCGUGGAACGCUCAAAAGCUAAAGCAGCUCAACAGAUCUCAAUCGAAGAACAAAGGGAAAUGCAGGAGUUCAGGGAGAGAGUAUCGAACUUAGCGGAGAGCGAGGAGUUGACCCGACUGCGCGCUCAGCUGGCGCCCGCGCGGACCGCCAGCGCCGGCUCACAGGCCGCCACGCAGAAGAACAAACUUCAGGGGGUAGUUGUAAGGAAACGCAAAGCGAGCGAGAUGGAAGGAGAAAAGGAAAAGGAAACCUCGCCGUCGAAAUCAAAGAAUAAUGGGAGUCCCCAAAUUGCUAACGGUGUCAAUGCCGAAGAUAAGGUGAUGCGUUGUGUGGGCUUGCUCCCAGGACUGGGCAACUACGACACAGAUUCAACAUCAGACACUGAUGACUCCAGCGAUCACAGCCACAGCGAUAAAUGCUGUGCGACGUACGACCUUCUGGGCCGGCGGCCUGAAGACAAACACAGGAAGGACCAGUCUAAGAGUAGUUAGAUAGGCCCAAAAUACCCUUACAGAAAGGUGACGUCAUGUAUAGCUGAAGAUUAACGAUAGGGUAUUGACUAAACACCCUGUUUAGUCCGUCAGAUAGAUUUCCAAAAAAUAUUGGAUACGUAUUUUUAAUUUUAUCUCAUAAACAAAACAUGAAAGGGAUACAGUGGUUU